AUGGGUCGAAGCGCAAAACUUCACAAACGUGUGAAGAAGAGCAAGUCCUCUACACAUUCCCACGCGGUCCUCAAUUCUAUCCCGGCCACCACCGCCGUCCCGGCCACCGCGAAACGGCGGUCUACCACCGGCCUUAAAGCGAAGGCAAAAACCAGUUUAGGGUCACCUAAUGCUGGCCAGCUUCUUGGCGGAGCAGAUUACGUCACGUUGGCAGUGGGUGGAAGGCGGAGAGCGAAGAAGGAGGCAGAAAUGCUUGCGAGCACAUCAGGAAAUCUUGAGGGGCAUAGCGAUUCUAUCCGGUCGUCAAGAUGA